CAUCGUCGAUCAGUAGCGACGUCGAGGGUGGCCUCGUCGACAGCAGCGCACGUUUUUUGGCACCGUCCCCGUGCCUUUUCUUCGCUCUCGUCACGAUGGUGUCCAUCGUUGACGUCGACGUGGACGUAACUCGCGAGCCGGCGCGCGUGUCAGCGAUUUAACUCGCGCAGUGCUGCCGUGACGGUCGAUCGAAGCGCACCGCCUGAAACCUGGGAACGCUAACUUCCGUUUGCGACUCCACCAUGCUUCGCCUUCCUCACCAGCUAUCUUUCGACACGGUAUUCCCAGUAUUUCUCACCUGGAGUGGCAUCCGGAGGCUCGCGGACCUUCGAGGGGCAGCGUGAAGGUUUGGAUAUCGUUCAUUCUCCCCUGAACGCAAGAAGACUGAUACCACAGGGAACCAACCCUUGCCGAAUCGAACCGCUGCGAUUCGAUAAAGAGCAUCGGAAAAAGCCGGAAAGAUCUUCAGUGCGUGUUUCACUGAUGGCAUUGGAUCGAACGUGUGAUUGCAAAGUGCUCGAGAUCUGUGCCCGUGAUCGUGGAGUUUGCUCGCAAAAACGACGCGUAAACACGAUCGUUAGACGACCGGAGUGCUUCGGUCUGUUGCAGCUGCGUACGAGGAGGAUCCUCUCCGUCGUCGAUAGCCGACCGAUGAAUGCGCGGAGUGGCACGCUCGAGCUGAGGUUUACCAUCGAACGACGCCGUGGUAAGUAGGAAAACAAAUGUGUCCUAUACACAGAGGAUUGUCAGAGGUGAUUACCUUUAACAUUUUUCCAUGAGAGGAGAAUGGAUGUAGAUUUUACGGACGCCUUAGGUGACCAGUUCUUAUUUGAAAUGGUUCAUUGACACGAGGCUGGAAAAAUCGGCACGAGGAAUUACGCUGACUGCCGAAAAAGGCGAGAGGAUACAAAUAUAGCUCGACGUGGAAACAGGCGGCAUUCGGAGGAAGCGCGGUGUCGCAAACGGUUCAUAGGUGUUUUGCCUCGACAGCAGGAUUUCUGUGAAUCGAUACUCGAAUACAAGGUGCAUUGCAAAGUGCAACGGACUUCUGAAGAACCGUCGAGUUUUAGUUCCUAUCGCGAGAAAAAUCCUAUAAUCUCUGCCGUGAAAGCAAUAACGAAGCGUUGAUAAUUGAAUUUCGCUCAAGAAUCUGACCGUCUAGUGCAAAGACGCUCAUCUAGUGUCGCGAAACCGAUCGUCUUCCACGUGCGAUAAAAUAGCAGAGUGAGAAAUAUAUAGAAAUACAGCUUGAUCGAUCCACGAGACGCCAUCGUCGAGAGGGUGUCCCGCGCGAGAAAUCGCGUCAGAAAAAGGUAACGAGGGUGUGGUGAAGCAACUAGGGUGUCGCUUGGGUCCCUACGAACAGCAGGAGCCACUCUCAGCCUGAAGUUUUUUCGUUGCUGGAGUUCCCUUCUGAUGGUGCUGAGAGUGACUCAGCACCGGCGUCCCCGCCAGCAACAACGACGCCAUCGUCGACGCGAAACGUCACCAUGGCUACAACACGUGCCGUCUCGAUGAUCCUGUUUCUCGUCUUCCUCGCCUGUUGGCCAUGUGGCCAAGCUGGCGUGGUCAAGUUCUACGAAACCCAGGAAAAACGGGUUCCCGUCAACGAUUACGCGAUGCACGGACCGAUCGCUGACGACCAUGAGUUCCCUCGCGACCUGAGGGAACCUUAUCCAGGCAAGAGUUUCGGACCGAUGGGUCCCGUUGAUGGUUCUCUGCCCGACGAUGUUUCCUUUCGAAGCCUUUCCGGAGGGAAAGACGGUGAUUUGGUGGAACAUAUGGCGGCUCACGCGGUCCAGGAAGGAGUCAAAGCUCAAACGUCACCGAAACGAGAGUACAAUAUCAUCACCGUGGAAUUCCACAGGACCGAGACACCGUUCGUGAUCGGUAUAUGGAUCUUCUUCGCCAGCAUCGCGAAAAUAGGCUUUCACAUGACACCGAGGCUGAGCAAGAUCUUUCCGGAGUCCUGUUUGCUGAUUGUUGUCGGCGUGGUGGUCGGGGUCUUACUGUUCCAGGCGAGCAGUGUCCACGUGUCACCUCUCACACCCGACACCUUCUUCCUGUACAUGCUGCCGCCCAUUAUUCUGGAUGCCGGUUACUUCAUGCCGAACCGACUGUUCUUCGACCACCUGGGGACGAUACUUCUAUUCGCCGUCGUUGGAACUAUAUUUAACACUUUGUCGAUAGGUGCUUCGUUGUGGGUGUUAGGUAAAAGCGGACUUUUCGGCUUCGAAACACCGCUACUGCAAAUGUUCCUUUUCUCGGCGUUAAUUAGCGCCGUUGAUCCAGUCGCUGUGUUAGCCGUCUUCGAGGAAAUUCACGUGAACGAAAUCCUGUACAUCGUCGUCUUCGGGGAGAGCUUGUUGAACGACGCUGUCACUGUCGUACUGUACCAUAUGUUCGAGGCUUACAACGAGAUAGGACCGACGGAAAUAAUUUACACGGACCUGUUGACGGGGCUGGCUUCGUUCUUCGUGGUGGCGAUCGGGGGCACGAUAAUAGGCGUGAUAUGGGGCUUUGCCACCGGUUUCGUCACGAGGUUCACCCAUCAGGUUCGCGUGAUCGAGCCCAUCUUCAUAUUCGUCAUGGCUUACCUGGCCUACCUGAACGCUGAGAUUUUUCACAUGUCCGGCAUCAUGGCGAUCACGUUCUGUGGUAUCACCAUGAAGAACUACGUGGAAGCUAACAUAUCGCACAAAUCGCACACAACCGUUAAGUACACCAUGAAGAUGUUGUCCAGUGGCUCGGAAACCAUCAUCUUCAUGUUCCUCGGGGUAGCGACGGUGAAUAAUCGCCACAAUUGGAACACGUGGUUCGUCCUCAUGACCAUCGUUUUCUGCUCGGUCUAUCGGAUCGUUGGGGUGAUCGUUCUGACAGCUGUGGCGAAUCAGUUCCGGUUGCACAGACUGGACAAAGUGGAGAAGUUCGUGAUGUCUUAUGGUGGCUUGAGAGGAGCGGUUGCAUUCGCAUUGGUCCUGUUGAUCGACCCGAAACACGUGUCCUUGCAACCGAUGUUCGUCACCACUACUAUUGCUGUCAUCUACUUCACUGUCUUCAUACAGGGUAUCACGAUCAAACCUCUCGUGAAGAUCCUGAACGUGAAGAGGGCUGAAAGGAAGAAACCGACCAUGAACGAAAGGAUUCACGAGCGGAUAAUGGACCAUGUGAUGGCCGGGAUCGAAGACAUCCUGGGCAAGCACGGAAAUUACCAUCUGCGAGACAAGUUCAAACGGUUCGAUAACAAAUUUAUUCGUCCUUAUCUGGUGAGAAAUCACUAUGGAGCCGAGCCGAAAAUAUUGGAGACGUACUCUAAACUCGCGAUGAAAGACGCCAUGGAUUACAUAAGGAGGAACGCGUCCACCAUUGGUAAUAUCAGCGGUACUGAAAGCAUGUCCGCGAUAUUCCGCAACUAUAGCAACACGGGCCAAUUCAAUGGAAGUCCAAGUUGCAGCCAGCUCGAUACGGGCUGGAAUAUUGAUCUCCAAGAGCUGGAGUACAACCCUUCCAAGAAGGACUUGACGGACGCCAGGAUCCACCACUUAUUGGCCGAGGAACUUUGCAAACCUUACAAGAGGCAUCGUCGUUUCAGCUACAGUCGACACGCGGUGAACGAUCGCGACCUCUCGACCCAAGUCAAUUAUAAGAUGCACAUGAACAUCCGGCGUAUGAUGGGAGAGCACAAGCAUCGUCACAAGCGCAGUAAAAAAUUGCUCAAAGACGGCAAACAGAACCACGUGAGUUUCCCCGAGUUCCAGCAGAACGGCUCGACGAAGUUGUUCACCCAAGAUUACAUCAACGGGGUGCUGUACGAGCUGGAGAACGGGGACACCUCAAAGCCUUCGAGCAAAGAGGACUGGGACUCUGCGAUAACUUUCACGGCUCGUACUUCCGACUCGUCGAACGUGAACGUGGAGAACCACCAUGGAGCGACCACCACCACUUCGAUGGACACCAUCAAUACCGAUGAUCCGGAUAUGAAGCUGGGACGCGAUGAUUGCUACAGGGUAACCACGCCGACAGCCACGGAAACCAUGCUACCAUGGAAGAGAGAGGACGAUUACGAAUCCGGACAUCCGAUUAAACAAAACGAAUUUCCUGCCUGGUGUUCCAAUAAAGAGUACCUGGCUUAUAGUUCUCCAUCUGCAACAUUUCUAGGUGGAAUCGAGCAGCCAAAAAUCCAAUCAGUGAUUGGUCUAUUUCGACGAGAAAGUGUUUGCACCCCAGACAGUAUGGAUUGCCAGGAAACCGUAGACGAGCGUGACGAAUUCAUGUUGACGGAGACAGAGCAGAUAGAAUCGCCCACGAAAACCUCGACAGGGGGAAAGAAACCUCCAACCAGACGAGUAUCGAUGAUGGAACUGUGCUCCAUGGAACGAUCCAAUUCAGAAAGGGGAACAGAAGAUGGCUCCCAUUCGUUACCAGAGUGUUGGAAUCAUCCCCAAAGACUCCGAAUGAGCUCGUUCCCCUACUCAGCCCAAGUUCCAAGUCUUUCGACCGCGCUCAUCACAUCUUCUUCAGAAUCGUCGGAGGAGAUCGACGAGGAAGAAGAGAAAGCUUGACCUCUGGAGGUCGCCAAGGGGCAGACGUCGUCCUACGCGGACGUCGAGCGUCGUCUGCGUCGCCCAUGGAGGCGACCACCGCGACGCUCGUUACUCUCGUCGCUCCUUCGACGACCUAGCGCUCCGGUCUGAUGCAACGUUACACGUUUUCAAUGGGAAUCGAGCGAUCUCUAGCAGAAAAUACCACAACAGCUUUUCAGGAAGAUUUCAAUAAACAGUUUUCCAAGAAGAAAUUUUUAAAAGAAGAAUUUUCCAAAUAGAGAAUCUUCUAGGGGAUAACUUUCGUACGUAGAAUUCGUUUCGAAGAACAGUUUGUUAAUAGCGAAUUUUCCAAAUUUUUCAAAUGAAAAUUUUCCAGCAGAGAAUUUUCCAAGGUAGAAUUUUUCAGAAAAAGAAUUUUCUAACAGAAUGCGAUUGCUCUAACGCCCCUUCGAAGACGAACGCUUCGACAACAGGAGGAGGAUGAGUAUCUCCUUGAAUUAAUCAGACGAACUCUCCCCCUCGUAGGACCACGAUGACGGAAAGUAUCCUCGUUUUGACUACCGUUGCUUUCAUUCGCACGCAGAAACGAGUGUUUCGGGUCGGUUUUUUUUUGUAGAUAAUCUCCGUGAAGAAAGAAUAUUUUCUCGUUUGAUUAGAUGGACGAGGUACGAACGAAAGGUAGACUCGAGUGUGAACGAAAAUUGGCGGUGAAUCAAGGUUGCGUUCCUUUUUGAUACUCGGUGAUCGUGUGAAUCCUUUUUGAAUAUGAAUGGUGAUAAAAAAAAGAGCGAAAGAAAGAGAGAAAGCUAUUUUUUUAAAAGCUAAUAUCGUUUCCUCCGUGCACGACUGACGCUGGUGAAUUCCGACCAUUCGGAGGAGUUGAUCUUUCUCCUAGUUGAUUUUUAAUGCUUCCUGAAAUAAUCAGACAUGGAAACGUUUACGAUCAAGGAUGUUGACGACCAGCAUGGUGUGACCUCUUGAAUCAUCCUCGAGAAGGAUCUCUAAAAAUGAAAUAUAUAUCAUGAGAAAUGUCUCUUUCGUAAGUGCAACAGGUUUGAGAAGCACAAUACCGUACACGUACAAUGUGUCCCAUUACGAGAUAUCAAUAGCUCGAUUUAUCAAAAAAUAAUUUUAAUAAUAAUUGUAUGUUUAGAUAAUGAACAUACAUUCAUUUGCAAAUUACGUAUAUUUAAAAAUUGCAGGUAUAUCAUUAUCUACUUAAAACCAUUUUUAAAUUAAAUUUAAUUUCUAAUUUUUAUUUACUAACAAAUUUAUUUAUUAGUAUUACCAAAGAUUUAUUCCUUCAUAAAUUUAUAUAUUCAAUUUAUGUUAAUAAUGCAAAGUUUAUUUUUUAAUGCUAACAAAUUUAUUUCUAAAACACAUAAGUGAGCUAUUAAUAUUUUAUAAUCGGACACCAUAUGUAUACAUGUAUAAUAUAUGAAAUUGACGUCUUACUAUGGAUCGUCGAAAUUUUAUUUGCGGUAAAUAGACACGUGGAAGUUGUUUAAUGAAACGCUCCUCUCCUUAAGUAUGGCCUUAAACAAAUAAUAACUAACUAACUAAUUAAAGAAGUAAUUAACUAAGAGUCUCAAGUAGAAAAGCAACCGCGAAAGAUGUCGUAGGUCAGUAUCUAACCCGAUGAUACCACCAUAUGUACAUAAACUAAAGAAGAAAUAAGGAUAAGAAACGUUUCUUAGCGAGGUAUACGUAGCAAGUUAACGCGAUGACUAUUAUUGCAAUCAUUUAUCAGACAUAAAAUGAGAAAAUAGGAACAUUGGCGUGUCAGAGUGUGUGCAUGUGUGCAACCAAUCGGGUUGGUGCAAAGGGAAACACUAGAAUUCGGGUUUUUAUGAGAAUUGAAGGAUUUUCAAGUGCUUAUGGAAUUGAAUGAUACACUGACCCAUUAUCCUUUUAUUGUUUAGGAUUAAAUGAAAUGAUCGAAAAUGCGAUUGUCCAACGAACUUGAGUAACUAGAGAAGAUCAGUGGAAUUAUUUGAUGUUCAUUUCUUUCGACAAACUGAAAACAAUUAAAGAAAAAUUUAUAGACAAAUUUAUUUUUAUUUUUAAUUUAUACUAGGGUUGUUCAAUAAGUAAAAAGAAAAAAGUUUUAAGAUUUUUAUCUGAAAACAGUCUAUGUCGUCAAGUUCACAUUAAUUAUGUAUUAUAAAAAAAAUAAUUUAUUUUAUAAAAAAAGAAACAAAUAUAAAAAGUGUUAGAAUCUAAUCAAAU